CAGCACCAGCACAUUCAGACCGGACAAAGGCCAUAUGUAUGCCAGAAAAUCUUUAGCCAAAUCUCUGACCUUACUGAGCACCAGAAAAUUCACAGUGGUACAGAGCUUUAUGGAUGCACAGAAUGUGGAAAAUUCUUUAUCCACAACUUCAGUCUCGUAGAUAACCAGAGUUGAUAUUGGAGCCCUGGAAAGGAAUUAUAAUGGUGGUGAACAUGCAACCGCCUUUAUCCAGAAAUCCAAACUGUUACACCCACAGAGACAAUGCGCUGGAGGAGUUCAUGGGCAGGGUGACCUUGGAAGACGUGACUGUGCACUUCUCCUGGGAGGAGUGGGAUCUUCUCGAUGAGGUGCAGAGAUGCCUGUACCACGAUGUGAUGCUGGAGAACUUGCAGCUUAUAAACUCCUUGGGUUGUUCCCGUGAAGCAGAGGACGUGCAGACCAUUUCUGGGCCCCAGCUUUCAUGGGUCAGGACCCCAAAGGCAAGUAUAUGUUCACAGAAGACUCACUCCUCUGAAACGCGUGGCCCAGAGCUGAAAGACAUUUUGCAGUGGAGUGACUAUAAGCGGACACAUUGUGGGCAGAAACCAUACAGGAUCGGGGCGUGUGAGAAGCAGCUGGACUUCAGUGCAAAAUGUCUCCCGAAGCAGCACGUUGGGAAGAGCGUGGACAGCACCCCAUUCGUGGACAACUGCAAAGUCAGUGUGUCGGGGAAGCCCUUGUCCUGUGGGGAGCUGGUAAGGGAUUUCCUGGCCAGCUCCGGGUUUCUUCAGCAACAGGUCCUGCACACCAGGGAGAAGUCGAACAGAACUCAGUGUGGAACAGCUAUUUCUGCGGGGAAGUCUCAAGGCAAUGCUGGAAAGUACUCGAAAGACUUCAGUUACAAGCACACACUUGUGCAUCGGCAGGGUGCCCUCACUAAGGAAAAAUGCUACGUGUGCAGUGAAUGCGGGAAGUCCUUCAGCAAGAGCUACAGCCUCAAUGACCACUGGAGAGUUCACACUGGAGAAAAGCCUUACGAGUGUGGGGAAUGUGGGAAGUCCUUUAGGCAAAGCUCCAGCCUCAUUCAACAUCGGCGAGUCCAUACUGGAGCCAGGCCUCACGGAUGUGAUCAGUGUGGAAAAUUGUUUAGCAACAAGUCCAACCUCAUUAAACAUCGGAGAAUUCACACUGGAGAACGACCGUAUGAGUGUAGCGAGUGUGGGAAGUCCUUCAGCGAAAGCUCUGCCCUUCUUCAGCAUCGGAGUGUGCACACUGGGGAAAGGCCCUAUGAGUGCAGCGAGUGUGGGAAGUUCUUCACCUACCACUCCAGCCUCAUAAAACACCAGAGGGUCCACUCCGGGUCCAGGCCCUACGAGUGCGGUGAGUGUGGGAAGGCCUUCACUCAGAACUCCAGCCUCAUUGAGCACCGCAGAGUGCAUAGUGGAGAGAGGCCUUACAAAUGCAGCGAAUGUGGAAAGUCUUUUAGCCAGAGCUCCGCGCUGCUUCAGCAUCGGCGAGUGCACACUGGGGAACGGCCUUACGAGUGCAGUGAGUGUGGCAAGUUCUUCACUUACAGCUCCAGUCUCUUAAAACACCAGCGAGUCCACUCCGGGUCCAGGCCCUACGAGUGCGGAGACUGCGGGAAGGCCUUCACUCAGAACUCCAGCCUCAUCAAGCACAGGAGGAUUCACACUGGGGAGAGGCCAUAUGAGUGCAGCGAGUGCCGGAAAUCUUUCAGCCACAGCUCUAGUCUCCUUAAGCACCGCAGAGUUCACACUGGAUGAGAGUUUUAACGAGUACAGUGAGUUGAGGCAGUGUUCACCUGCAGUGCAGACUUCAGUAACCACGAUAGCGUCUACACUGGAGAAGGACUGAGUAUCUGAAUGUGGGACAUGAUCUGUGUACACCUCCAGAUUCCUAAAACAUCAUAAUGUUCACAUUGAGUCUGAUGGCCUUACGCGUGCAAGAGAUGUGGGAAUUAUGUAACCAAAGUCCAGCUUUGCUGUACUCCAGAGAAUGCAUGGACGGCGGCCUCGUAAGUUCGGCGACUGUGAGAAAGCCUUAGCCAAAGCACUGGCCUCGGGUACCACAGAUGUCAGGUUGGAGAAACCUCUCAGGCAGGUAAAUAGUUUUUCUUCGCUAAUAGCACUGCAGCUCCCAUACAGAGGUGCCGCUUGCUCGUGUUGACUCUCAGCCACCUGAACGUCUGUGUGAGCCCAGGCAUGUGGGAGCUGCAGUGCACUUUUUACUCUACCCAGGACUGAUGUCAGAUUGCCAUCGCCGACCAUCGUGUGACAGGAGCCGUUUACCUCUGCAGCCUGGCAGUACCCUCGGCCCCUUCACCCCAUUGUGUCCAGAGAAACGCACCAGUGCUGUCUGUUGUGGAAUGACCCCUGAGGAGCCUGAGCACACAUGUCUUUCCCCCAUCUUUCCCCUUUCUGAUGCGCUACCAGUAUUGUCCCAGAGGAACCUGUUGGUCUCUUUUAAAAAAAAAAAAGACGUUCAAGUUUUCUGGGAUAUCAUUGGUCUCACGAGAUUGUAGUGAUGGAAAUUUCCAGCCACAAAGACACCUCCCCAUAACAAUCUGCCUCGUCACCUGUUUGUACAAUAAUAAAUGUCUUAUUUAAACCAGCAUCCAUCUUGGGGGUUCUGUCUAAAUGGGGUAGUUUGAGAUUAACUGAAUUUGGUACGUGACAGGUAUUAGCUUUGAUUGGGAACCCCAGCUUUGUGCCCCGGAGGAGACAGUAUGAUCACAGAAUAUUCCUCCUUGGCUUUGGCCUGGUUGGCAUUGUGGCUCAAGCGCCAAGGAAAAACUGCAGGACUCUGCGGGCCUGACUUAACCUGGGGGAAUGCGUCGCUGUUGCACGUUUUCAUGGUUCAGACUGAGGAGGGGGUGGUGGUGAUAACCUUCAGUGCUUCUGCAAGAAACUUGAACCCAUUCUCUUACGUAGGAGACACUAGCUCACACUUGGCGUUAGUGAGGGAAAGUCUGUUCCCAAGUCCUACAGGGGAGCCCUGGGCCUGUUGUCCUGAGCUCUGUAGCAUCACCGGUUUUAGGUUGCUGGGUAGAAAGGAAUCGUCGUUACAGGUUGACAGAGUGGAGGUGGUCGCCCAGUUUGUUUGGAAAGCGCCUCUGUACCAGCCUGCUGGGCUGGUGUGUACACACCGGGAGGGCCUCAGUGUUUCUGUACCUGUGAGUCCUUCACCGUGUCUCAGCGCCCAGCAGGCUGGUUGUGUACCUGAGGGUGAUGUGAGAGAAAGUAAAUGCUUUUGGAGUCGUCUGCGCCUUUGGGAUGUUCACCUACAGCAGGAAAACAACAGAGGAAGCCCGCGUGCAGUGUUCCCUGUCGAGUGGGAACAGCCAUUACUGCUCAGCCCCCGCG